AUGGCACGGCGGAGGACAUUCUGGGGACUGCGAGUCUACGAUCGACCUCGUUCUCACCUCGGAAAACUUGACAGACUCGAUGGUCAAGUGUGCAGUACAUGGAAGUGUGCAGUACAUGGAACGGAGCACGGCUCGGACCACCGCACCAUUGAGACCGUUUUCGAUGCUCCUUGGCCGGCUCCUAAGCAGCCAGAGCGACUGCUACUGAAAAAUGCACCAUGGAAAGAGAUAAAUGCCAGAAUAGCGAGAACUUUAGUCACCGCUCCGUCGGAAGGCUUGGUACAGCAAAAAGCCGAUCGGCUCAUGUCCGCGGUGUCGGAAGUGGUGCGUGCUUUGACGCCGAGGGCCAAACCGUCGCCACUCGCAAAGCGAUGGUGGACGGCGGACCUGACACAAAUCCGUCAGAUAUACACAAAUUGGAGAAACCACGCCCGCUCGGAGCGACGGGCAGGACGGAAAGUGCCGCACCUGGAGAACAUGGCCGCGAGUGCAGCGAAACAAUACCACGAUGCAAUACGGAAACAAAAGAAGAAGCACUGGAAUGAGUUUCUGGCCGAUAACGAUAAUAUAUGGGAAGCCGCGAAAUACCUAAAGUCGGGAGAUGAUGCGGCAUUCGGGAAGGUCCUACAGCUCGUCAGGGCGGAUGGAACCAUGACCGCCGAUCAUAAAGAGCAAGCGGAGGAACUACUGACCAAAUUCUUCCCGCCACUGCCCGACAGAAUUGACGAUGAAAGGACCAGGCCGCAGAGAGCGCCCGUGGAGAUAUCUGCCAUCACUAUGGAAGAGGUCGAACGGCAGCUGUUGGCGACAAAAUCUUGGAAAGCACCUGAGAACUAUACCAUUGCGAAGGCCUGGAGGCUGAUUUCACUCCUCGCGACACUGGGCAAGGUGCUGGAAUCAGUCAUCGCAGAAAGAAUCUCAGACGUAGUGGAAACCUACGGCCUGCUUCCGACCAGCCACUUUGGGGCGAGUAAGCAAUGGCCAGCGGAGCAAGCACUCUUACUCUUGCAAGAGCAAAUCUAUGCGGCGUGGCGUGGCCGACGGGUCGUGAGCUUGAUCAGCUUCGAUGUCAAAAGAGCCUACAAUGGGGUCUGUAAGGAAAGAUUACUCCAAAGGAUGAAAGCGCGAGGUAUACCGGAGGUUCUGCUUCGGUGGGUCGAAGCGUUCUGCUCGGAGCGAACGGCGACCAUCCAAAUCAAUGGGCAAGCAUCUGAGGCCCAAAGCCUCCCACAGGCUGGACUGCCUCAGGGCUCACCCCUGUCCCCGAUCCUCUUUCUCUUCUUCAAUGCAGACCUCGUACAGCGGCAGAUCGAUGGCCAGGGAGGAGCGGUUGCUUUCGUGGAUGAUUUCACUGCGUGGGUAACCGGACCGACUGCGCAGAGCAACCGGCAAGGUAUCGAAACAAUCGUCAAUGAGGCACUCGACUGGGAAAUAAGGAGUGGAGCCACUUUUGAAGCAGAGAAAACCGCAGUUAUACACUUCGCCCCCAAGGCCCACAAAUCGGACUCGGGGCCCUUCAUCAUCAAAGGAGAAAUCGUUGUACCAAAAGACCAUGUCAAGAUUCUUGGCGUCAUAAUGGAUACGAGACUCAAAUACGAGGAAUAUAUCGCGAGGGCAGCGUCCAAGGGUCUCGAGGCAGCGAUGGAGCUUCGACGACUUCGCGGUCUCUCUCCAGCAACAGCGCGGCAGCUGUUCACGUCGACGCGUAGCGGAAGCGGAGGCUCACAUCGCCACGGUGCAACACCGGCUCUGGAGACGAGCUGCGAAGAUGUGGACCGACAUGCACACCCUACCGCUAACCAAUCCCCUCCGCAGCAAUACAGCUCAGAUCAAGAAAUUCAGAAGAUACCACCCUCCAUCCUCGAAUGUGUUCUGGGCAAGUUGGCGAGGGAGCCACUUCCACCCACUUCCUCACGAUCCCCCGAAUCCGUUGCUUCCAGUAUUGUCACCAAAAUCUUGAACGCCGAGGACCCCUAUCUGCUUGACAAACAACUGAAUGAGGAGGUCUCCACCAACGGCUGGUCUGAUGCCAUAGCAAGAGCUACUCUUGGCGGUCUAGAGAAUGCAAUCAAAGCCGGUGCGGAGAUGGCGCAAGCUGCGGCUGAUGCUGCGGCCCGAAGUAAAGAUGCAGCUACUGACUUUGCAACGGACCAUCCUGUUUAUGCUACUCUCAUUGCGUUGGGCAUUCUGGCGCUGCUGAUACCAUGGGCUCUUGAAAUAAUUGGAUUUGGAGAUUUGGGUCCAAUUGAGGGCUCAUUUGCGGCAACUUGGCAAAGACGAUUUGCUGGAUAUGUUCCCAAGAAAGCUUUGUUCGUUUCCAGAGGCUGGGAAUGA